CCAAGACCUUGGCCCCUCUAGAGCUGGGGGGCCCCAUGGAGGACCCAGUCACAGGAAGCAUCUCGCCAAUCCUGGGAGUCGGGUUGGAUGAAAACACAGGUGUCUGCAGUCCUCAGUGCUGUGCUCCCACCUUCUCUUCCCUUCCCAGCCUGGCUUCCCAAUCCCCCCAGCCCCCAAACCCCCCAUGUUCUGGUCCAGGCUGCAAACCCCCCCAAACCCACCUUUCCACCCUUUAUCCUCACUCUGCCCUUACCCCACCUGUGUUCUCGGUCCUGGCUUCCCCAUCCCCAUCCCCAUCUCCAGCACAGCGUGUUGGGGAUUAAAAAGAGACCCAAGCAGGCUCUUCAGUAAAAGUAAAGGAAUGUUUUCAGCCAAGAAGGGGCAUUCCUCCUCCUGCCACCACAGUCUCUACCCCUGGGCCCUCUCCCUCUCCCCUCAAACUCCCCUCCCCUGACUUCUGGUCCCCCACCCCCUUCACUCACAAGGUCUUCAGGCCCUAGUCCUCCUUUAUGCCUCAUCUCCCUGUGUCUCUGUUCAGGCCCCUUCCUACCUCAUCCUCUUGGGUUCCCUGCCAGGUCAGGUGCUUGCACUGGGUGGGCUGCGAGACACCUCGGGGAGCCUUAUGCUGCCUGGUGACAGCUUUGAGGAGCCUCUGAGCAGGAAGACGGUCCGGCUGCAGGGAGCUUCUCGGCAGGAGGGGCAGGCAGUGCCCCACGUGGGAGGAUCACAGGCCCUGCUGGACGCCAAUGUGCUGGUGGCCCAGGGGCGAGUGAUUGCUAUGCUCCGGAGUUACCAGGAGAGGCCAGGAUCAAGGACACAGGGGCUGCUGGAAGCUACCAUCAAGGACAUGAGACAGGCAUUGGGCUUGAGUCUGCACCACAUCCUACAGCAGGCUCGGAGGCUGGAGCGGCAGCUGGGGACAGCAGAAGCCAUUGUGACCAGUGGCGGGAGGAUAGGAAUGAUGUGCUAUCCUGGGACAGAGCUGUGGAUCCCUGUCCUAUACGGGAUGGAGAUCCCAGACCCUGAGGGCUCAGGGCUCAUGGUGCCCAUCCUGGGCAUGGAGACUGAUGGGAAUUCGGGUGACACCACACCCCUGGCAGGUUCAAUGGAAGAUGCUGAUGGCAAAGGUCUUGUCCCAAUCUCGACUGGGGCUCAAGCCAUAGACCCCUUGACUGGGGAACCUGGUCCUGUCAUUGGUGCUCAGACAGACCCCUGUACCGGAGUGGUGGUGCCCAUCGUCCGAGUGCUGGAGGCCCUACCUCGGGGAGUGAGAGACCCUGGUCUGCUGGACAUCCUGGAGAAGGAGCUGAAAGCCCGGGAGCAGUACUGGCACAGCCAGGGACAAGAAGAGUUGCGUCUAGCAGAAUGCCUGGGGCAGCUGGGCCAUGAGCUGCUCUCCAUCCCAGGCAAAGAUGCCCAGCAGCAGCUGAGGGCUGCUGAGGAGGCCCGGGCAGCGCUGGAGUCCUGCUGUCUGCAGGAGACUGAGAGGAGAGCCAGCGCCCUGAGCACACAGAGCAGCCCAGAGCAGGGCCUGCUCUCUCAAGCAGACAGAGAGGAGUGGGAGCAGGAGGCAGAGAUGAUGUUGGGCAUGCAGAAAGUCCUGCAGAGUUUAGGACAGACAGCAGAAAAGCUCCGGCAGGCAGUGGGCCGGCUGCAGGGCCAGGAGCAGGAGAUGUGGCUGGAGCAACCUAGGAGUCUGAGCCCCCAGAUCUGGAACCGUCCCAGGAAGGUGGUUGAACAUCUCUCUGAUGAGUUUCAGGAGGUGGUAAGGGAGAGACAGAACUUUCUGAAUAGGGCCCUCAGUCACCUGCAGUACCAGCGGGAGCUGAGCCGUCUCCACCUCUUGCACACCCAGAUCGUUGCCUCAGGCUCCCCUGCAUGUUUGGAGAAUUACCCUGGAGACAGAUUCUAUGGAAUGAUCACCACUUCUCUCAGGGACCAGGCUGCUGCCUGCCCACUCUUGAUCCCCUUCCUGAAGAGCCUCACCGCAGCACUGAAUGGAGCUCAAGGCCAUGGCCCAGGCGUGGAGGAUCAGGGGCCAAAAACAGAUGCAGAUAAAGUUGACGUCAUGUGGCUCUCACCACUCUUUUCCACCCUGAAGAAAAUAGACAUCUGGUCCCAAGCCCCCAAGGAGGAAGCUGAACUACAAGGACAGAUGCAUCACCAGCUAGUGCCCAAAAGCUCUUUGCAGGAUGUCCCAAAACCUCAGAUAAUGAAGAACGAAGAGCUUAUCACUGUGCAACCCACAGAUCUUUCUGCCAGGGAGUUCGUGGUUUACCAGUAUGGCCUCUCCAUCCUGCACCUCCUCAUCCCCCAGCUUCAUGCUCCUGAAAUCACCCUGCAGAUUGCUUCUCGUCUUCCUGUGAUGGACGCCGCAGACAACGCCUUCCAAGGCUCCUUCUUCUAUCAGAGCGCUGAAAACACGCUGUUCGUUGGGAGAGAGUCCUUGGCGUCCGUGGGAAGUUUCAUUCUGCUGCUGAUCCGCUGACUGGCCCACAUCACCGCCGCCAAGGACUUCCGCCAGGACUCAAACCCUGCCUUUCUGAGGCCAUUUUACAAGGGCCUGCAGGCUUAUUUCAGGGAAGCCUUCUCUACCACACUGCGAAUGUCUGCGGUCUCCUGGGACAGUAAGCUUGACCAAAGCAUAAGCGCCGCUCUGCUGGACGAGCAGCCCACCUCUGAAAGAGGAAGAGAUCUUCUCUCUACACUCCUUGAAAGGAAGUGUGGGUCUCGCUUGGAGCCAGAGUCAUCAGAAGAGUAUAUUAAGAGAAACACAGAUCUUCUCCUCUUUACCAAUAUGGAACAUUUUCUAAAAACCCUCCUCACUGCAGAACAACAGAUCCCAAGAAAACCAAGA